GCCCUGACAUCUACUGAGCAUUUCCUGCCGACCGACUUAUCAAUUGAUUGAUUCACCUGGACAACAUCAACAAUCAUGUGCCCGACUCCCGAUGAAGCUCCGGUCGUGAACGGCCAUGCCAAUGGCGCGAAUGGCUCGAACGGCUCCGACAACUCCCACCCUGGAUUCACGGCCAUUCCUACCAAGCAAACGCACUCCAGCCCCUACCAGCCUGUAGGCGACUUCCUUAGCAAUGUUUCUAGGUUCAAGAUCAUCGAGUCCACCCUGCGCGAGGGCGAGCAGUUCGCCAACGCCUUCUUCGACACAGAGACCAAGAUCAAGAUUGCCAAGGCCCUCGACGAUUUUGGAGUCGACUACAUCGAGUUGACAUCCCCCGCGUCCAGUGAGCAGUCGCGCAAGGACUGCGAGACGAUCUGCAAGCUCGGCCUCAAGGCUAAGAUCCUCACCCACGUUCGCUGCCACAUGGAUGAUGCCCGUCUGGCUGUUGAGACUGGUGUUGAUGGUCUUGACGUCGUUAUCGGAACAUCUUCAUACCUUCGGGAGCAUUCGCACGGCAAGGACAUGACGUACAUCAUCAACACGGCCAUUGAGGUCAUCGAGUUCGUCAAAUCGAAGGGCCUUGAGGUCCGUUUCUCCAGCGAGGACUCUUUCCGCUCCAACCUCGUCGACCUUCUCUCCGUGUACAGCGCCGUCGACAAGGUUGGCGUCACGCGUGUCGGUAUCGCAGACACAGUUGGCUGCGCGUCCCCCAGACAGGUCUAUGACCUGGUCAGGACUCUUCGUGGCGUUGUCAAGUGUGACAUUGAGACCCAUUUCCACGAUGACACUGGCUGUGCCGUUGCCAACGCCUACUGCGCUCUCGAGGCCGGUGCUACACACGUUGAUACUUCCGUUCUUGGUAUGUCCAUGCCUGCCAUAGCAAAGGCUCUGCGGUGUCUUAGAAUCGGUGAGCGCAACGGUAUCACCACUCUCGGUGGUCUGAUGGCGAGGAUGGUUGUUGCCGACCGCGAGUAUGUUACCAGCAAGUACAAGCUCCACAAGCUCAAGGAUCUCGAGAACCUCGUGGCCGACGCUGGUAUGUCUUUUUCCCUGCCCCACAAUGCCGUUGUGUUGCGAUUGUCCAAAUUAACAUCCCGUUCAACAACCCUAUCACUGGAUUCCACCUACGAGGUCCUGAAUCCCUCCGAUUUCGGCCUGUCUCGCUACGUCCACUUUGCGUCUAGGUUGACUGGCUGGAACGCCAUCAAGAGCCGUGUCGAGCAGCUUGGCCUGACCAUGACCGAUGCGCAGGUCAAGGAGUGCACCAAGAAGGUCAAAGCCAUGGCCGACGUGAGGCCGCUCGCCAUUGACGACGCUGACUCCGUCAUCCGUACCUUCCACCUGAACUUGACCUCGGACGAGGAGAAGCCUCUGCUUCCCGAUCUGACCUCUGAGGAGCAUGCCAAGUUUGUGCAGGCCGAGAAGGAGAUCGCCGCUGAGCCUGAGAAGAGGUCACUGGAUACCACUGAGGAAACGAAUGGCAGCGCUGCCAAGAAGGUCAAGGUUUAAGUACGUUGGGGAUGUACAACAGGCGCCUAAAAGGGGUGGACAGCUCCCACAAAUUUGAAAUCAUGUACGUUUGUCAC